AUAUAUUCUUAAGAUCGCCGCAGAGGAAGUGGAAGAGUCGAUCCUCCGUUCGAUUUUGUCGACUUUGCGAGGUUUUUUUUUCCGGCCAAGGAGUUGGGGCGACGAUGGCUCGAGGAGCGGCGGCGACGGCAGCGGGAGGGAAGAAGAAGGGAUCGACUUUCCUGAUCGACUGCACAAAACCAGUGGAUGAUAAGAUCAUGGACAUCGCCUCCCUUGAGAAGUUCCUUCAGGAGCGGAUCAAAGUUGGCGGCAAGCCCGGUGCUCUUGGCGAUGCCGUCACUAUUACUCGCGACAAGAGCAAAAUCACUGUCACCGCCACUUCCGACUUCUCCAAACGGUACCUCAAGUACUUGACGAAGAAGUAUCUGAAGAAGCACAACGUGCGUGACUGGCUGAGGGUGAUUGCCUCCAACAAAGACAGAAAUGUCUAUGAGCUACGAUACUUCAACAUCGCAGAGAACGAGGGAGAGGAGGAAGACUAAGCUUCUUCUUAUUGCUCUACCUCCUUUUGUGGGUUUCUUUUUGUUCUCUGCUUGCUGCCUCCGUUGCUAUCUUAGUUCUGAUUAUUACUGUGAAACCUUCAUUUCAUGUAACUUGAAGUUUUUGGUUGUUCGAAAUACUCCAAUGGGAUCCAGAGAAAUCGUUGUUUUGGUUUGUAUCAGACUGUUCAUGGCAUUAAAUUCAAAGGGUUUAUGAUAUUA